AUGCAGGCUAGUUCGUGGUUCAGAAAAGGCAUGGAAUCGCAACAGCAACAACUUGUAACUGUAAAAUGGAUACGGAACAAUAAGGAACUGCGAAAUCGCGCGACGCAACGACCAGGCAUUGCUGCUAUAGUCGGAGUGGGCCCCAAGCUGGGUCGAUCCAUCGCCCGCAAGUUCGCUCACCAUGGCUACACCGUUGCCAUUCUCGCUCGCGACCUAGGCACAGUGGCGGAAGAAAUAGCGAGGGAAGAGAAGGCACAGGUGUUUGCAAUACGUAUAGACUGCUCCGACUCCAAAAGCGUCAGGGAUGCAUUUGAAGGCGUUCACUCUCUCGGAUUCGUCGAGGUUCUUGUCUAUAAUGCUAAUUACCAACCCCUCCCUCCCAACCCCACCCCCACCCCCUUCCAACACAUCCAUCUCGAUACUUUCCAGAAAUCCGUCGCAGUUUCCGCCGUCGGUGCCUUCCACUGCGCUCAACAGGUGUUGACGGGGAUGGUGGAAAGAGGGAAGGGCACAAUCCUUUUCACGGGCUGUUCUGCCUCACUGAAUGCCAUUCCUGGAUACUCCCACUUAUGCUGUGGGAAAUUCGCGAUGAGAGCACUAGCACAAUGCCUGGCAAGGGAAUUUCAACCUCAGGGAGUGCACAUAGCACAUGUAAUCAUUGACGGUGUUGUUGCCCCACCCAGUUAUUGUCGGAGAAAAUCAGGUUCAGUUGGGGAUGAAAGCGUAAGCAGUGGAGAGGGUGAGGGCACGAUGGACCCAGACGCGGUGGCUCAAACAUAUUGGCACUUGCACAUUCAGGACCGAACGGCUUGGACCCAAGAGAUGGACCUGCGUUCCAACACUGCCACUUUCUUCUAG